GUGAAUUUGGGAAUAAGGACGUGGGAUAUACAGUUUGCGUCUACAAAUACGAUUGCAGCAUAAUGACAUGGAUUUUUAUUGGAAAACACAGGGCGCACUAUAAGGACAUAACAGCUGUUUUUUUCCUUCCGCAAAAGAAUGAAAAUGGUGACUACAAACUCAUUUCUUUGGGGGCCGACAGAAUGAUGGUUGAAUACGAUGUAAGCCAAAGCUCUGACGAGUAUUUGGAGAUCUAUAGUUUGGACAGGAUAGACCAGAGCGCUAUACCUUUGGCUGGAUUACCUUGGCCAACGCCGUCCGACAUCGAUCCGGAGUCUUGUCGAACGGAUCUACCAAUGAUUUUAGUUGCCAAUGAUGAGUUUAAGUACAAGAUCAUAAACUUUGAUACCACCAUGACAUUGGCUACGGUACUGGGACCGCGCUAUGAACACCCUGUGUCUAAAAUACAAUUGAUCAACAGGAAAAACCCACAUGGAAAUUUGCAGUAUCUGCUAUUUGCUACCAAAAAUAUUAUUGGAAUGCAGAAAAUGCCUUUAGAUGGAAACCCUUGGAAACAUGUGGCACUACUAGGGCAUCCUAUUCGGAUCAUCAACAUGUGCUUUCGGGAGGAUACUGGUAACCUCUUCACCGUCGGGGAGAGAGACAGCUGUUUAUACCAAUGGGCAGCUAAUUACAGGUCUGUUGAGAACACCACGAAGCAGGGCGGCGGAGAUUUGGAUCCAUACUACUGCUUGAUAGAGAAUGGUCGUCCGGGCUGGCUGUUCCACGAGAUACGAGAUCUGUUCUACUACAUUCAGAUACUAUGCCAGGGGACAUUCUCGCCGGCGAUGAGGCGUGUCAAGGAUUAUAUACCAAUAGAUUCAUUGCCAGAUCUUAUGCGAGCCUUAGGAUAUUUUCCUUCCGAAUACGAGGUAGAAAAUCUAUUAGUCGAAGCGAAAUACAAAGUAUAUCAACAGACACCAGCUACAGAAAUAGACUUUGAAGAGUUUGUUAAGCUCUACUUAAAUCAUCGACCGGCCUUUCCCGAUAGUUUUAAGAAGAUCAAGAAUGCUUUCCGCUAUUUUGCCACGUCCGGUAGAAAUGGAGAACUUCAAAUAGACCGAGAGGAAUUCAUUGAGGUGCUGAAUCAAUAUGGUGAGAAGUUCCCAGUUGACCUGAGCUGGUACCUCCUUUCUAUACUUUACGGGCUGUCGUUCGAAGAUAGAGCGGCCAUGCAUGAAGAUGAUAUAUCAUUCCUGCCAGAGCAAAUAUCGUUCGGAGAAUUUGAAACGAACAUUAUUGGUAUUCAUGACGUGGAGAACGUGUCGGAGUACUCCGCUGUGGAGUCGGCGGGAUCUCAACCCACGCCUCCCGACUCGGACGACAAUGAAUAACAGAAUUAAGAAAUUGUAGACAUGAUGUUAUAAUAAAUAAUAAUUAAUGAA